CAGCAGCGCUGCAGCUGAGCCAGCCAAUGGGCGCCCUUGUUCUGUUGAAGUCUGUUGGCCUCGGCUGGCCUUCAGUUGUGUCCGGUGGACAUUAAUGGCAGAUUGCCAUUUCUGCAGUCACGGGGUCUUCUUCAGACACCUAGGGAGCUCCGUGCUGCCUUGUUCCCCAUUGCUACAGGCUCCUGGGCAUUCGGGAGAUAAGCUGUGAUUGUGAGUAUCAGAAAGAAUCAUUCAUUAGUCUUUGCACAAUGAAUCAUAAUGUCAUAGACAACAGCUGCCACAGAUGUUUCUCAGACAUUGUGCAUAACAUUACCAUACAAGACCUCUUCUAGGCAUCUUUUGAAGGCAAGAAUCACAUAGAGGAACCUUUUUUCAUUGGAGACAGGCCACAGGAAUUCAAGUUUUGGCCAAUUCCCCACUUUCUGCUAGACUUUGCAGUGGUGUGAAGUGUGUUUCCUCUGUGUUGAGCAUGGCCCCGACGUGCCUGCAGCCCCUGCUGAGGUACCGCUCCAUCGUCAUCCUCUUACUCACGCCGCUGCUGCUGCUGCCGCUGCCGUUCGCUGUGCCCACCAAGGAGGCCAGAUGUGGAUAUAUCAUCAUUAUCAUGGCUGUGUACUGGUGCACUGAAGUGAUCCCGCUGGCUGUCACUUCUCUCAUGCCAGUGGUAUUUUUCCCUCUGCUUGGAGUUCAGACCUCUAAAAAAGUGUGCUUGCAGUACCUAAAUAGCACAAACAUGCUCUUCUUUGGAGGGCUGAUUGUCGCAAUUUCUGUUGAGCAGUGGAAUCUUCACAAAAGGAUUGCACUGAGGGUCCUUCUGAUUCUUGGGGUGAAACCUGCACUCCUGAUGCUGGGAUUUAUGAUAGUCACUGCCUUCCUGUCAAUGUGGAUAAGCAACACAGCCACCACGGCCAUGAUGGUUCCCAUUGUCCAGGCUGUCCUGGAUCAACUGGACAGCACAGAGCAUGAUGUGACCAUGGCGGAACAAGCAACCGGGCAAACAAAUGCAGUGAUUGAGCUGGAGGAAAAGAACACAUCAGGGUCCACUGCGGUGCCUGGUGUAAGCAAUGAACAAGACACUGAUGUCCCUAGAUCUUCUGAGGAAAAGAAAAUGAGGAAGCGUAUAUGCAAGGGAAUGACACUUUGUGUAUGCUAUGCUGCCAGCAUUGGAGGAACUGCAACACUUACUGGAACAGGACCAAAUGUGGUACUGAAAGGCCAAAUGAAUCAGUUAUACCCCGACAGUAAUGAUAUUGUGGACUUUGCUUCCUGGUUUGGAUUUGCAUUCCCAAACAUGGUCCUGAUGUUGGUGCUAGCUUGGCUUUGGUUACAGUUCUCCUUCAUGGGACUCAACUUAAAAAAAAACUGGGGCUUUGGGACAGAGAAAACUGCCAAAGAAAAAGCUGCAUACAGUGUGCUGAAGGCAGAAAUGAAGAAGUUAGGCCCUAUGUCUUAUGCUGAAUUGAAUGUCCUCCUUUUGUUUGUAUUACUGGUGAUCUUGUGGUUUUCCAGAAACCCAGGCUUUAUAAAAGGCUGGGCUGCCAUACUCUUCAAAGGAGGAGAAAAGUAUAUCACUGAUUCUGUUCCUGCUAUGUUUAUUGCCCUGUUACUGUUUAUCCUUCCUGCUCAUAAGCCCAAAUGCACAGCCUGGAAUCCAAGCAUGUCUGACCCUGAACAGACUGAAAAAGAUAAGAAAAAGUCAUUUUUACCAACCCCUCUGCUAGACUGGAAUGUGGUUCAAAGGAAGAUGCCCUGGAGCAUUGUGCUGCUGCUGGGAGGAGGUUUUGCUUUGGCUGAUGCAAGCGCAAGCUCUGGGCUCUCAUCUUGGAUGGGUCGUCAGAUGACUCCACUGGGAUCUAUUCCACCAUGGGCCAUUGCAUCAGUCAUCUCCAUUAUUACAGCUGUCUUCACUGAAUGCACCAGUAACGUGGCCACAGCUACCCUCUUCCUGCCUGUCUUUUCAUCCUUGGCUGAGUCUGUCAGGGUCCACCCUUUGUAUGUUAUGCUGCCUGGUACUCUCAGUGCUUCAUUUGCCUUCAUGCUGCCUGUUGCAACACCACCAAAUGCAAUAGUGUUUUCUUAUGGCCACAUCCAUGUUUUGGACAUGGUUAAAACUGGAAUAGUGAUGAACAUCAUUGGAGUCUGCUGUGUCACACUGGCCAUCAACACAUGGGGAAGACCUAUGUUUCAGCUGGACAUAUUCCCAGCCUGGGCAAACAGCACAAGCCACUUUGAGCUGUGAAGAAUUUGUGUGCUGAACAAGGAAAGUACCCUCAGUACUCCCUAUUGCCCAAAGUCCUGUAUAAAGUCUCAUCACCACUUCAGAUCCAGUGUUGGGUGUUUGCUGCCUUCCAGCAGUCACACAUCAGUUCAAGUUUGAACCAACCCAAUCUUACUCCAGUUGUUCUGGAGCCAAAAGUGUUUGCAAUUAUACAACCUCUAUGUCAGGAUCAUAAGUAUGUUUGUGUGAUCCAUUGUACCUCCAAUCAAGGUCAAGGAUUAGGAUUUAUCAAACUUUCAAUAAAGAGAGGGGAGGCUGUUGUAUCAAAUGGUUUGAACUAUUAUAUCACCGGUAUGUACUUGUAAAUCAUUAGCAGUGAAUAUUGCACUCAUGCAGGGGCUGAACAUUGCUUACCUAUUCCUUAUAUCUAUAAGUCAGCAACUGUACACACAAAUCCUUGUUGUCACUUGUCUAGUGAAGAAGGGGUACGUGAUGUUAUGCUGUGUUAUGUUUUAGUUGGGCCUCAGCCAUGAGGUGAGAUCCUUCCAAGUCAAUAUCCAACACACUUUCUCUUGCCUUGUUUUCACUCCCAAAUCUCACUGCAUUUAGACACCUUUAUUGAGGGUUGAGAUAAUGUAAUUCCGUGAUGGUCAUGAUUCAACUGAUAUCUCAGACAACGAUGCGCUAAGGCUGGCUCUAUGUUUCUUGCACUGUGACAAUUAGAGGGCAUGGAGCCUUUCCCUCAGUCACAGGUGUGAUUUCACAUGCCAGCUAGUGUUUUCCGAGUGCCAGCCUGGAGAUGACCAGUGGCCCUUGGGACUUCACAUCUAUUGCAGAAGUUUCUGAAUUAGCCCCUGAUGUGCCUUAUUAAUUAACUCUGAAAUUUUUGAGUGAAGUCAAGACAUGAGGAAGGCUCUAAUUGAUGACCUGGGAAAGAUGUAGGGGCCCAGAUUUUAGUGCUUGUGCACUUAUCUUGGCUGACAGCAGUGGGAGUUGUCCUGUGUACUUUGGAAUUCAUGUAUUGUAAGAAAAGUAGUUUGUAACCUAAUUAUGCCACUUCUGUUGCAGAAGUAGUCUACAGAAUGAUUGGUGUUGGGCUGGGUGUGCUUUGUCAGGGUACAUGGAUGCUUUUUCUUCAGCCCUGGCAAUGGAGGUGGGUGGGAGGUAAAAGAGUGUCUUACAGUGGAAAGAUCUGUGGGUAUGAUCUGGGAUUUGCUUCCAGACUUGCCAUGUAUCCCCGUGCAAGUCAGUUCACCUCUUUGUGCUUAUUUCCCCUCCUAAAAAAGAUGUUAUGGAACCUAUCUACCUCACCAAGGUGUUGUGAGGACAUAAGGGUAAAAUUCUACAGCCAUAGUGAUUUACCACCUUAUGAUAAUGGGUGCAAGGUGUUAGGUUAUUCUAUAAUUCUAUAGAAUUCUGUGUAGAAGAUCUGGCAUAUAGCAUAGUAUUGUGUUUAGGAUAUUCAGUAGUUUUGUUAUUAAUGUGAAUUUUCUUUAUGGAACUGGAAAAACACAUUUUUAUCUAGAAGUGAGGAAAAUAUUUAUCCAUAAAAUGACCAGGUGCUUUUUUGAGCAGAAAACUGCUUUAAGAAUUUAUUUCUGUGCCUUUGUUUUUUAUGCUCUUUCAUGGUGGUAAGCACCAUAAACGGUCCGCUGAAUGUUGUUCCCCAGAGCCACCAAUGGCUCCCUGUCUUCCCAGCUGGCUGCAUGUGGUGCAGCCUCACACUUCUUCCAGGGAAUGGUGGGGCAUGUGGAUAAACACACUUCCACUGGCAGAGUCUGUCUAAGGAAGAGGCCAGUUCUAGUGCCAAGAAUUGGCAGAUGAGAUAUUGCUCACAGAUAUUUGUCAUCACCUGAAACUUAUGACAGUAUUUUUUUGAAGAAAGUGAAACCAGGAACAGUUGAGCAUGUUCUGUCCUUUGGCAGUCACCACUUAAUGCUGAUUUGCAUCUCUAGAUAUCUGAAUGCAUUUGAGAAAGGGACUUCCUCUGCUUUCUGAUGGGCUUCACAGUGUGACAACAUGUUACUUUUGCCAGAUACAAUGGUGUUUGCUCUGCUCUGUCUGACAAGUAAGAUACAGGGGAGCUUGCAUGGGUAGAUGAUACUGAGUUGGCUAUCUCAGUUCAUGCAGACCGAAACUCCUCUAAAACCAGUUCCAGCUAAAAGCUGUAGGACAGACACUUCACUGUCCUGUUUGCAGAAAAGAAUGUUCUGAAAGUUUCUUGAAGGGGAGAGAUUGCCCUCCCCUCAGCUAGUGAAGAGCUUCACUCUGUUGCUGGACAAGAAGGAAGCAAAUGCUAUUUUCAUCAGUAGUCACACAGGGUGAUUCAUGGUCAGGAGUGCUGGGCCAGGGAAGUGUGCAUGUGGGGUAAUAACGAGUGUUGAGUUUAUUGUAACUGUGAACUAUUGGAUGUGUCGCCUCUCUGUACUGUUAAUAGCAGUUUCUUUUUGAGACACUUUUAUGGCAUCCUGUGAUUGAUUCAUAUUUAAUUUAAAUUAGAGCCUGGCAAAUGAAACUUUCUAGAACUGUCUCCCCUCCUGUGUAACAUGGUGGACCACUUGUUUCUGCAUUAUUUUCCACUGUAGCACAGUGAUGCCCCAGUAAUAUCCAGGAAGGUAGAUGCUGUAUGGAAUAAUGCAAAGCAGAGAUUUGGACACCACUUUGAAGUGUAUUCAGACCUGAAUAUGAGUGGCUUCUCUUCUUUCAUCAGCUAAGUGAUAAUUCAAGUUUGCAUCUCUGAAGAUGUUUAGGUGGGACCAAAUCAGGUGGCAUACCCUACGAACUGUCUCAUUCAUUUGAGAGUAAAGGAUUAUAAGACUCUAAGAAACACAACCAGUUUUUAAGAAUUAAUGUUGUACAAACUUUCCAAUAUAACAGGCACAAAUGGGCUUUUCUUCAGUAGAAAGCAUGCGUGGUGUCCUGUUCCAGUGCCCGGAGUAAAUACACAUUACUUGCAGUGGACAGUGCAAGAACGAUUGCUUUGUGACUAGAUCUGAUUUAGAGCUCCUUCAGCUGCAGGACAAGUAUCAGAGAAACUCACCAGACAUAGCAAUUGUUUUGUUGCUCAUCAAAGGAAUACUGUUUUAGAUGCAGAAGUUGUGAUGGUCCUGAGGUAGUGGCAUAAAAGAAUCCAUUUGCCCCCCACUUUCAAACACGCACCCCCAGCACCCACAAAAAACAUAGAAGGAUCCUCAGUGUGGGCUUUGUAAGCCUAGCUCAGGAUGAGUUAUUCAGCCACCCUGAGUGAGCAAACAGUUCCCAUUUUACCAUAGGAGGGCAGAGCAUGAUUCCUUGUGGUCAGGGAGUCUGUCAGCUGGCCAGCUGGCAGUGCCACUUCUAAGGAGCUAAAUUAAUGCUUUCUUAUUUUCUGCCCACUUUCUAUGUAUCCUUGGCUUUUCCUUUCUUCUCUCAAAAUACCAAUUUACCAAAAUACCAAGUUGCUAAUGCUGUUUCUGCAAAUAUUGAGAGUCCCAAACCUGCAGCAUUGUGAUCUGGGCUGCUGUUGCACAGAGUUCCUUCUUGGUCAUGUACCAGUGUGCAAACUUGUUCCCACAGUGUACUAGUGCUUGGGAAUGGUCUCACAACUGUGAAUGAGUUAAUGAACUACCAAACUACAAGAAAACAUACAAAGGGAGAACAAAGGUAUUUCCUGCCCACGUGUUGAACAUCUAGAUCUGUGAAAUAGAGAAGAAAAACCUUUCAGCAUUCUCUACAUGAUCAGAAGUCCCCAGUCUGAACAGUGGUUCGGAUUUGUUGGUGUCAUCCACUGAGUUCAGAGCAGCAAGUAGUGCAUUCCAGCUGAGUUCUGCUCUCACUUGAACUCAGUGUUUGGCUUAUUCAACCUUUGUUUUCCAGCUCAGGUGUGUUGCCACUUGAAAUAGCAAUAACAUGGUUGUAGACAAACCCAACAUUUGCUGACAAAGUUGGAAUUGGACAGUUGGUGAAAAUCAGCCCAGAAAAAGAAAUAAAUCAUUCAAUCAGUCCUAGCCAAAAUGCAGUAGGGUUCCUUAACAUACCACCUCUUCCUUUUUAGUAGUGACAUAUUGCAUACAUUUUUACAUACUUCACAUCUUUGUUUUCCCCCAAGUGUCUGUGCUAAAUAUGUGAAGAGGUGGGUGGCAAUGAAUCCUGAGCCCUUGGAUCAAGUGACAGGGUUUUCACAAUGUUUUCCAGUGUGGGUGAAUAAAUGUGUGACUUUAGACAAGUCUGAUCAAUCUCUUUGUGCCACUGAGAGGUUUUCAACACUUCUAUGCCUUGCACCACAAGGCCACCAGUCUGCUGCAACACUUAGGCUCAGCAUUUUUCUGAUUCAGGGUACUGAUUCUCCUCUGCCCAGAAGAACCAUCCCAGUGGCAGCUCUUCGGUGUCAGAUCAGAUCUUCCCCUCUGUGUAUCUUUGCUUGCCAUGCACUGCAGACUGCCUUUGCUUGGCACAGAAACCCUGAGGGAAGCACAGCCCUCACCUUUGGGAGCACAGAGUAAAGGGAGGCAUGCCAUGCUGCCCUGAGGUGAUUGGGGACUGCUUAAUAUAAUGUUUGGUAGUGAUUUAAAAAUAGAGCUGACUAUACUGAAGCUAUUUUUGCCCAUUUAGGUUUUUCUAGAGCACUUAAGUCAAUAGUUGCCCAUUUAUUAUGGUGUAAAUGUAGAUUUACAUUCACUGUAGAUUCUGGCCAUAAGGAAGAGACUGUUUCUUCUGUCAGAGAAGAGAUGUUAUCCUUCCCCAGUUUACUUCAGUGCUUUAUUUACCCACACAAAAUUAUUUCCCAGUCUUAUUUGGCACAUGGCACUUCAGUGAGUUUUCAUAAGCUGUUUCAGGCCAGAGUGUGAGCCUCAUUAAAAUGUUCAUAAAACUUUUUUUUUAUAGACAAACCAUUUUCUUGAAAGAACUGAAUGUUCCAGAUACUAAAUCUAAUUUAUUGUUGUUUUCUUUGUGAGAUAUUCUUUGAGAACAAUAACUUGGGUUGGGUCUUAGCAAAUAUUUUAGAAAGCCAGCUGAAGAUCAAAUUUCCACCAGAAUCAAAGUUAACACAACCUUUCAAUUAAGGAAUUAUUAUUCUGGAGGAAAUUUCUAUUUUACUUCAAUAUUUUGCCUUGGCUAUAUGGUCAGAAGUCAGACACAUAGGAAUGUAUAUUGCUCCUGGCAAAUGGCUGACUUCAAAUUCACCUGCUGUCCAGGUGUCCUAAUAGAAGCCCUCAGAUAUUUUUAACCAACUUUUUAAUGAAAAACAUAAAAUGCUUUCUGACACAUGACAUUUAAUCUUGAAUUUAUCUUUGAAUUCUAGUGUUUGUCUGAAGCUGGAGGAGUACCAGAGUUACAGAAGUACAUGUGCCAGUACCUGCAAUACACCAGUCUUUUUACACUAUUUCAUCAAAUUUGCAGCUUGCUUGAAUGGGAUUGGCAUCUGUGGAUGAAGUGGUUCCACCAUGACUGUUAUUGGCUGCCUGAAAUGCACAUUACCUGCCAGUUUCUUGACCUCAAAAAAGAGAACUUCGUGAAGAGUUAAGCCUUUAAUUAAAUAUGUUCUGACAAUUGUUUUAGUGACUGAAAACUAUGAUUUUGUUUCUAUCGAAUUACAAUUAUAGCAUUGGAGUAAAAAAAUUGCAGACUU